AAAUAUGUUUUCAUCUUCCCUUUAACGGCGCCCAGCCCAUAGGAAGUCGUAAUGCUUUGCGAAUGAUAGAGGAAGUGGAUGGGUACAGAGAGAGAAAAAGAACCACUGCAAUACAGAAAUAUAUAUAUAUAUAUAUAUUACUGCAUACAUUAUCAGCUAAUAACAACAUUUAUUUCGUUGAUGUUUUAACGUUUACAUGGAGGGCUAGCAUUGACAAGCGCAGUCCAUGGAGCCCCCUGAAGAAAAGCCAAUAAUAUACACAAUGGAGAACAAACCGAUUGUAACGUGUGCUGGGGAUCAGAAUUUGUUUACUUCCCUCUACCACUCACUGGCACAGCAGCUUCCACGGGAGCCGAUGGAAUGGAGGAGGUCUUAUGGACGUCCACCAAAGAUGAUUCACCUGGAGGCCAACUUUGUCCAGUUUAAGGAAGACCUGUUACCCAAGGAAGACAAUAAGGCACUUCUGACUUUCCCUUUUCUGCAUAUAUACUGGACAGAUUGCUGUGAUACAGAGAUUUACAAGGCAACAGUGAAGGAGGACAUCAUCAGAUGGCAGAAUUUGUUAAAGACCUACAACACAGUUGACUGGCUGAUUGUGGUGGUGGAGAGUGAUGCCAAAAAGAAGAAUAAAACCAACAUUCUUCCCCGGACAUCUAUAGUGGAUAAAAUAAGGAAUGACUUUUGCAAUAAACAGAGUGACAGAUGUGUGGUUCUAUCUGAUCCUUUGAAAGACUCUUCCCGCUCUCAGGAAUCCUGGAGUGCAUUCCUAACAAAACUCAGGACGCUGCUACUCAUGUCCUUUACUAAGAACCUGGGCAAAUUUGAAGAUGACAUGCGAACACUGCGGGAAAAACGGACUGAGCCAGGCUGGAGCUUCUGUGAAUACUUCAUGGUCCAGGAAGAGCUAGCGUUUGUGUUUGAGAUGCUGCAACAAUUUGAAGAUGCCCUGGUGCAGUAUGAUGAAUUGGAUGCUCUGUUUACACAAUACGUCGUUAAUUUUGGUGCUGGAGACGGAGCCAACUGGCUGACUUCUUUCUGCCAGCCGGUGCACAGCUGGAAUGGUCUGGUGCUACGCAAGCCCAUCGAUAUGGAGAAGAGGGACCUGAUCCAGAAAAGCAAGGCCACCUUGCUGGACAUGCGCAGCUACUUGUUCUCACGGCAGUGCACCCUGCUCAUCUUCCUGCAGCGCCCCUGGGAGGUCACCCAGCGUGCCCUGGAGCUGCUCCACAACUGUGUCCAGGAGCUCCAUCUAUUAGAGGUUUUGGUGCUGCAGGGAGCGCUGGAUUGUUGGGUCUUCUUGAGCUGCCUGGAAGUGCUGCAGAGAAUAGAAGGCUGUUCUGAUCGGGCACAGUUAGAUUCAAACUCGUCACAUACAGUCGGUCUUUGGACUUAUGCUACUGAAAAGUUAAAGUCCUUGGGUUAUCUGUGUGGGCUGGCAUCAGAAAACGGACCCAAUUCUGAAGACUUAAACAGAACAGUGGAUCUCUUGGCUGGACUGGGAGCAGAACGACCAGAAACUGCCAGCAGUCUGCAAAGCCCUUAUAAAAAACUCAAAGAAGCCUUAUCUUCAGUAGAAGCCUUUGAAAAACACUACUUAGAACUCUCACAUGCUGCUAUGGAUAUGUACAGAACAAUUGGUCGACUUCGAUCAGCUCGACUUGUAGGAAAAAGCCUGGCUGAGUUUUACAUGAGAAAAGGGGAUCCUCAGAAAGCAGAAGGCUUCCUUCAAGAGGCCCUCAAAACCUAUCUGGCUGAGGGCUGGGCUCUGCCUGUCACCCACACCAGGAAGCAGUUAGCUGAGUGUCAGAAGCAGCUUGGGCAGACGGAAAAUUAUCUUCAGACAAGUAGCCUUUUAGCCAGUGAUAUCAAUCUCCCAGAAGAGGAGAGGAAACACUUCUGUCAGGAGAUCCUGAAUAUUGCUAACCAGCAAACUGAUAACCAAAUACAAAAGGUGGUUUUGGGGAUGAGCUCAUUUGCACAACUAAGGCAGCUGCACUUCGAACCUUGCUCAGCUGUGGUCCAUGUAGGUGGCUCCUUGACCAUUGAGCUGAGCCUCCACAGCCAUAUGCCAAUCCCUGUGCAGCUGGAGCAAGUGGCAGCCAGCGUGCACUUCAGCAUUGAGAAAAACAGCUUCAACAAGGCAGUAGAGUGCCUGAGCAAACAAUGGGUAAUGGCAGGUGGGAACAACGGCAUUAUUCACAUUCAAACCGACCCUCCUGCUGGUCGCCCUCCACGAGUCAGUCCGCCCUCACUGGAACUGUAUGAGAUGCAUGACAAGAGCCCCUCGGACAACUCGCUCAACUCCACCGGUGUCAUCUGCAAGAAUGUGCACCUGCUGCUGCGCCACCAGGAGAGUGGUUCCUCCACAGAGACGCAAUCUGGAGUUCCAUUGGAAGACAGCGCACAGGUCCUCAAAACAACUGAUGUAUUGCUAGAGCCAGGUUUUAACAAGAUUGUAUUUACUGCGCCGGCCCACGAGCCAGGGACGUACACCCUUCGUCAGCUGUGUGCAACAGUGGGAAGCGUACAGUUUGUUCUCCCCCACAUCUACCCCAUUGUGCAGUAUGAGGUCUAUUCUCAAGAGCCCCAACUCAAGGUUGAGCCACUGACAGACAUUCUUUUGGCAGGGAUUGCCCAAAAGGUGAAGUUUACAAUAAUUACUGGGCACUAUGCAAUAAAGAAUGGGGAUGUACUACAGCUAAGCAAUAUUGAUGCAAUGCCUAUCCUGUAUUCUCCUGGGAGUACUGCAACAAUAUUAUCCAACACGGGAGAAAAAGUUGAGGAAAGUGUAUUGAUGAUCCAGUCAUCCGAGAAGGUUACCAGCAUUAUGUUGCCACUUUCUCCUGCUUAUCAUGUCAUUGAGUUUGAACUGGAAGUAAUUUGCCACAUCCUCUCCACCCUCUCAAAACCAUUUGACAAUGAGAGGCUGACCAAUGGGGAGCUCCACUGGAAAACCAAAGAGAAUCAGAAGCCAGACUCCUGCCUGGCCGCCAUCACUCAAAAGAUGUCUAUUGACUGCCCAUGGUCUAUUUAUUCUACAAUUAUUGCCUUGACGUUCUACAACCCCUUUAAAGCUGCUCAGUCCUUGCUAUCUGCUGGAAAGAGGAAAUACAUACAGGUGUGCCUGCAGAAUAUGUCAGAAGUAAGCUUUCAUUUGUUAGACCACAACCUGACAGAAAGCUUGAAGUGCCCAAACAUUGAGCUGGUGUCUAUGAAUGUUAAAACUCGUCAGCAUGUCUACAGAAAGCAGUCAGUAUUCUGCCUGUGGGAAAUUAAGUGGACCAAAGAACUUCCUUCCAGUCUGCAGUGUCGGUUUUCUGUCAACUUCUCUCCUGCAAUCAGUGAAGAGGAAUUCCCGUCUUUUAAACCCUACGCCUAUGAAUUUCAGCUGGAAAACAUUGUUACUCUGUAUAACGUAAAAGCAGAGAUCUACCCAGUGCUGGGAGCAGAGCACUGCAGAACUGGCUCCCUCUGCUCUCUAGAUGUUUCUAUCACACGGCUUUCUGACCUCACAGAAGCAGAUCAGGAUGAAUCUGUGACAGAAUCUGAUGGGCUGUGCACAACCAAGCUCAUGUACGAAGUGGUGGACAACAGCAGUAACUGGGCAUUGUGUGGAAAGAGCUCGGGGGUCAUCUCAAUGCCUGUGGCAGCUCGGGCCUCGCACAAGGUCCACAUGGAGGUGAUGCCACUGUUCGCUGGAAACCUGCCUUUCCCUAAUGUGAAGGUCUCCAAGUACCUUCCUCACCACUCAACCCACUCCACACAACCGGACAUUGACAGCUGGCUUGAGAAUGACCUUUCAGUUGACAAGGCACUGGACGAACAGGCAGACAGCAGUAGCAUCCGAAGCCGAACCAGCGCACACUCCACCAGCAAUGAACACAAGGGGUUGUCCAUGCCUCGUCUGCAAUCCUUCAGCCCCGGCCAGGUCUUCAACUGCAGCACUGGCAUGCAAGUCCUUGUUGUACCCAGCAAGGACGACCAUGUCCUGGAAGUUAAUGUUACAUGACAACUGUUGCUUUCACAUUGAUAAAACAGGCUCUGGUAUGGUUGCAUUUGACUGGAUGGUAACACAUGCACUUAGCCUACUUACCUGACUGAGCGUUUGGGCAAAUACUGCUGUAAUUCUUUUUUUAAUUGUCACCUGCCCAGCCCACUUGUUUUGUUUUGUUUUGUUUUGUUUUGUUUUGUUUUGUUUUGUUUGUUUUUUAAACCAUUCACAGAAUGUACAACAAACUUAAAAACCAGUGUUCAUAUGUAUAUGUUGACAGGGAAAGCAGCUUGACCUAGUGCUUGGAGCAGUGGAUCCAUAGUUCGAUUUUCAAGCACUAUUUUGAUUCACUUUGUGACUCACUUGGGCUUGUUAGUUGAUCCUCAUGCAGGCUAACUAACUCCAAAGAUGUUACUUCACUGCAAUGCUGUCGAAAAAAAUAAAUAUCCCAGAUCCUAUAGGUACAUAUACACAACAACAAAAGUGUGGAAGCUGCCUUUUUGUUGUUAUGCUAGUGUCAGCGGUGUUGGCUGGGUAACCCUGCAGAGCCUGUUAACUCAAUGUCUGAUUUUCUUCUCUACAUGCGUAGUGUAUGUACUCCUGUUUGAAUUCUACAAUCCCAGAAGUAUGUGGUGGAAAAUGUCCUGGCCCUGCUGCACCCACAGCAGAUUAUUUGUAUCAGGCUUCUGGACUGAAAUCAGACCCAUACUAAACCUGGAACCCUCCCAUUGUUGUCUUUUCUCUUCUAGUAGAAUAUACAUUAAAUCAGUAAAACCUUAUUUCUGGUUGAAUAACUCCUGAUAGGUCAUUGCAGAUGGUAGAAGGUAGUUACAGAAAAGUAUGUAUUAAUAGACUAAAAUAUAAGAAUUAAUACUCUACACUAUUAUAACUAUUUUUAGUUAUAUUUGAUUAUUACAAAGAGCGUUGCCAACAUUCAUAGUAUUAUCCUGCUGGAACUUCCUCACUGCAGUCAGCUUAAUUUUAUUCCAAGGUGCAGAAGAAACAUACAUUCUUUUGAAGAAGUAACUCCGUCUUCCAUACUGCUGAGAGAUUUAAAAAGAAAGGGUCUUGUCCUAUUAACAUGUGAAGAUCAGCUGUAGGGUUAGUGAUUUUUAGUACACAGCUUCACCUGCUGGGAUCAUGGUAGUUACUGCUUAAUAUUUGACAGUUAAUACAUUAUUAUUUAAAGGCUGGCUGAUACAGCUACAGUCUUUCUGAAUUGUGACACGGCUGGAACAUAGCUGUAUUUUUUUCACGGUUAUCACUGAUUUCACGAUUUCCAUGAAAUGUACCCAUUGUCGUGUAAUAUGUAGUUGUAAUAAUUCCCAUUUCUGAAAGAAUAGUAUAAAUAUAUGUAUUUUUUAUCACUUAAAAUAAAUAUAGCAAACAUUUACCUUAUUGAUACUACCUGUUACAUGAACCUGGCAGCUGGUUUAGUGUGCUUUCGGUAAAUGAUUGAACACACUGCAUAGUGCUGCACGAUUUCUUUCAACGAAAAAGACACCAGCUGCAUUAAAAAUUGGAAAUAUUUCUGCUAAAGAUCGUUUUGUCCAAUACAAGAAGGGGACAUUUCAUGUGCCUGUUGUUAUAUUACAUUUAUUUAUGUUUUUAUUUUGUUUGAUAAUUCACUGAGGUGACAAUAGAAUGUCUUUAAAAGGGGGACUUAAAAACUAAAUAUUCUACAAUUUAGCACGCCCUGUUUUUCAGGUAAGCAUUUACAACUCUAAUUUUUGACAUUAAUAAAUGUUAUGUUUAAUCAUGAAAUAUCUUGAAUUUUUAGGCUGUGAAAUAAGCAUUUUUUUACCGUGAAAAAAAUUCAGCUCUAUUAAUGGGGAUUGAGUAGUUGUGUGGAUAUAGGUACUAUACUGGGCUUCUUGUUCAUAUCUGACUGAUUGAAUAAUGUGCUUCUGCCAAAAUCACAAUCCUACCUUAUUUCAGGUUUGUCCUAUCUCAGUUAAAUCUAAAGUUCCUUCCAUGGAUGAUGUAAAAGGUAGAAAUAUCAAAAUGUACAAAACUACUUUGAAACACCUCUGAAAGAACAAGCAGAUUUGUAUUAUUUUAGGUUGACUAAUGAAUAAAAGUAAUUUAAAAAUGG